CCAACAUUCUUCCUAAAGCGACCAAAGCAUUUGCCCGCGCGGCCUGCGUUAACCGGAGCAAUCCAACGGGCGCCAACCACUUUGAACCUGUCACAGUAGCCCCUCAAGAUGAGACAAAGCAUUCCUGCUGCAGCACCGUCUGCUGGGACAAGGGCUCUGCGCAGCACAGUCUUGCCGGUUCAUCAGCAUGCACCUGCCAAGGCGAGAAGCGCCGUGCGCACGCACGCGCUGACGCCUGAGAGUGCAGAUGUUUUGCAGGCGGCUCUCAGCCUGCAGCUGCCGAGCCAGGUCAGCUCGCUACUCCAGUCCACCACCGCCGCCGUUGCCGGACCCGACGCCGCCGCCGCCCUGUCCGACCUGCAGCCGCACUUCGGCUCCCGCGCCCUCGCCGGCGCCGUGCAGCAGCUGGCGGCCGCGGCGCCGCGGCUGCCCGGUGUGCCGUCCCUGCCGUCGCUGGACGCAGCGGGCUCGGCGGUUGGCAGUGCGCUGCAGCCGCUCACCACCUCCCUGCCCUCCGUCUCCGCCCCCUCCUUCAGCCUCGGCCUGCCCGCCCUGCCCAGCCUUCCCUCCCUGCCUGCCCUUGGCGGCGGCGCCGACGGCUCCGGCCUAACCGCCGCCGGCGCCGCACUCGGCCAAAACCUAACCGCCGCGCUGGCGGGCGCCGCCGGGCCCGGCGGAGCGGAGCUGGCGCGCAGCGCCGCCGCCGCCGCGGCAGCGGCGGCGGGCGCCGCCCCCGGAGAGCCGCUGCCCGCGCACUUCGGGUCCGUCGCGUUCGCUCGCAGCGUGCAGUCGCUUGCGGCCUGGGUGGGCGAGCGCUUUGCCGGGCUCGAGAUGAUCGACGCCGCGACGUCUGCGUCGCUGACGUCAGCGCUGGACCAGCUGCGGGAGGUGGCGGGCCUGAUGACACUGCCGCUGCCGCCGACGCUGGCGGCGGUGGACGUGGGUGUGGGCGCCGGCGGCGCCGCCGCCGGCAUGGGCGCGUCGCUGCAGCAGCUGGGGGCCUCAGCGGCGGCGCUGGGUGCGGGUCUGCGCGGCCUGGCGGCGGCGGGCGGCGAGGCGGCGGCGCUGGCGCCUGAGGAGCUGGUGGCGUCGCUGACGGCGGCCCUGGCGCAGGCCGAGGCCAACGGCAUUGGUGGCUACUCGCUGGGCCAGGUGUCGCUGGUGGCGGCACUCAGCAUGAUGGCCAUCGCCGCCUCCACACCGGCGGAGGGAUACACAGGCCCGGCCCCCUCCACGUACUCGGACCGGGACUAUGACGACGAGCUGUCGCACGAGUACGACCCGGAGGCCACGGCGGCGUACUUUGCGCGGCGGCCGCUGGCUGUGGCGCGGAGGUCGGCGCAGGUGGCGGCCGAGGCGGCGGCGUUUGGCGCGGCGCUGCUGGCGGACCUGGCCACCGGUCGCCUGCAGGCGAACGAGGAGGCGCGGGCGGAGCAGCUGCGGGGGGUGAUCGAGCGACUGGGGCCGGCCUACGUCAAGGUGGCUCAGGCGCUGUCCACUCGUGUGGACCUGCUCACACCUGCCUAUUUCAACCAGAUCCAACUGCUGCAGGACCGUGUCCCGCCCUUCCCCUGCGAUGAGGCCAAGGCGGAGAUGGCUCGUGCCUUUGGCGGCCGGGCGCCCGACCAGGUAUUCAGCGCGCUGAGCGACAAGCCGGUGGCGGCGGCCAGCCUGGGCCAGGUGUACAAGGCCACGCUGCGUCCGGAGCUGGGCGGCGGCGAGGUGGCUGUCAAGGUGCAGCGGCCGGCGGUGCUGGAGCAGGUGGCGCUGGACCUGAUGCUCAUGCGGCGGGCGGCGGUGGCCAUGAAGGAGGCGGCGCAGAUGAACACGGACUGGGCGGCUGUGAUUGACGCCUGGGCGGUGCGCUUCUUCCACGAGCUAGACUACAGGCGCGAGGCGAACAACGCCGCCACAUUUGCGGCGCAGAUGGCGGCGGCGGGCGUGUCGGGCGUGACGGUGGCGCCGGUGCGGCGCGACCUGUCCUCCGACUGCGUCUUGGUGACAGAGUGGGUGGACGGCGAGAAGCUGAGCGAGAGCGGCGCCGCCGACGUGCGCGAGCUGUGCAACACGCUGCUGAACGCCUACCUCAUCCAGCUGCUGGACACAGGCUUCCUCCACGCCGACCCGCACCCCGGCAACCUCAUCCGCACCCCCGACGGCCGCAUCUGCGUCCUGGACUUUGGACUGAUGACCGAGGUGACUCCCGAGCAGCGCAUUGCACUGGUGGAGUACAUCGCGCACCUGUCCACACGCGACUGGGGCAAGCUGGCGGUGGACCUGCAGACGCUGGGCUUCAUCCCGCCCGAGGUGGACACGCAGGAGGCGGGUCUGGUGGAGCCGCUGGGUCGUGUGAUGGUACAGCUGGUGGGCGGCGGCGGCGCAAGCAAGGUCAACAUUGACAAGGUGAUGGCCGACCUGGAGGCCCUGGGCGAGUCCUACCCCAUCACCAUCCCGCCCUUCUUCGCGCUCAUCCUGCGCGCGUUCAGUGUCAUCGAGGGUAUCGCGCUGCGUGUGGAUCCCGACUACGCCAUUGUGGGCGAGUGCUUCCCCUACCUGGCCCGCCGCCUGCUCAAUGACGACUCGCCGCGUAUGAGGGCCGUGCUGCGGGACGUGCUGUACGGCGGCAGGCAACGCCUGGAUGUGGAGCGGCUGAUGCGCGUGGCCGACGGCCUGUCCGCUUUCACCACCGACGGACUGGCGGCUGGCGGUGGCGCUGCCGCCCCGGCCGCCGCCGCCGCCGCCGCCAGCAGCAGCAACAGCACUGGCCGCAGCUCAGCGCUCGCGCGCGCCAUGGCCGCCGCGACGGCGGGCCCAGGCGUGGCGGCGAGCAGCGGUGCUGCGGCUGCUGCUGGGUCAACGGCGCUGGCGCUGGCGCGCAGCGCGCCCGCGGCCGCGUCGCGUGGCAGCGGUGUUGUGGAGGUUGUGGAUGAGGGCGCGGUGCUGAGCCCGGCCAUGGUGGACACGCUCAAAUCGGUGCUGCGACCUGGCAGCUACGUCAGCGAGCUGCUGGUGGACGAGCUGGUCGCGGCUGUGGACGCCCUGUCGCGCGACUCGUUGUCUCGGCUGCUGGGCACGCUGCUGGCGUCCGGCCCCGCCGCCGCCUCGCUGCGACGCGUGCAGGCGCUGGGGCCGCUGCGCUCGGUGCUGCUGCCGCUGCCCACGCCCGUGGAGGUGCUGGCCAGGAUGGCGCCCGCGGUGGCCGUCACCCCGGAGGACCAGGAGGCACUGGCCGUCGUCCGCGCCAUCCUCACGCUCUCACAGCGCGUGGCGGCAGCCGACCGCGCCGCCGCCUCCACCUCUGGCGCCGCCUCCGGCGCCGCCUCCGGCGCGGCGGCGCUGGCGCGCGGCGUGCGGCCGCAGCGCGCGGCGCGGCUUGCCUCGGAGCUGGGGGCGCUGCUGCCGGAGCUGACGCCCGGCCUGGCGUACACCAGCGACAUGUUCUUGCGGGCGCUGGUGCGGCGCGUGACGGUGCGGAUUGGGGAGGCGGCGUCGGUGGCUGUGCGCGGCCGGCCGGCGGCGGCCAGCGCGGGCUUGGUGGGUGGUGGAAUGAUGGGGGGUGCUGCUGGUGGCGGCGGCGCUGGAGGCGGAGUGGCGGCGGCGCCGGCGGGCGCGAUCGCGAUGCGGAACAUGAUGGCGCCGCCGGCUUCGGCGCAGCAGCAGCCGGGGCAGCAGCGGCCGGGGCAGCAGGGGCGGCAGGGCGGCAUGGGCCGAGGCGCGCAGGGUGGCCGGCGGUGAACGGUUAUGGAGGGGUCUGGAGCAAUGGGCGUGUGUGCGUGUGUAUGUGUAUGCGUUAGGAAAUCGUUAGCCCAGCUAUAUACAUAUGCCAUGGAAAGUGUGACGCACCCGGUGCGUUUGCGCUACAGCGCGAUUUAGCUCGAACCAACUAGCAUGAUCGAUUAUUCGCAGCUUCCUGUAUACGUGAUCUUCUUUCCAGGCCGCGAGAGCGAGUGCAGCGUAUGAACAAAGCCGGUAACUGCGCUUUCUUGGCUUCCUCGAGAAUGCGCGCAGCUAUAACUUACAGUGCGAUGUAUAAGCGACACAGUCUGGCCUGCCAGAGCGCGCACUUGCAAGAAUUUCAGAGCGCGCUCGUUCCGAUCGGCUGGGAUGAAAGCUUACACGAUAUGUGCGAGCAGCUGUAUCCGUUGAUAUAAUCGGUGAGCAAAGUCAUGCACAGUUGCGAUGUGCUGUGAACUUUUAGCACGCUCG